UUACAUAUAAAUAAAGUGUAAUACACGGCUUAGUCAAUAAACGCCAAAAUGGUAUAUGGGUCACUGAGUGUAAUUUCAUUUCUCCUAUUUCUCAAGAGCUAUGGAGUUUUGGCCCAGUGCCCUGGGCGCGUGGAGUUGCUGUCCCCGGCCAGUAACAUACCGUCCACAGCAUACAUCCAACCUAUCGGCCAAGUCUGCUUCCCAGCUGUGAUACAGAUACAAGAACCCCAGAAUCCUCCCGAACCCUCCCCACCUCAGGACGACGACGACGAUUACCUGAAUUUGAUUUAUUUGUUAAUUUCAGCACUAACCGGCUCUAACAAGAACAAAUGUAACUCUUACUCAAAUUCCAACAACAACGGAUAUAAUUUCAACAACCAAAAUAAUCCUAUCCCAAGCUUCAAUCCCUACUCUGCGUUGUUACCAACCAACCAACCGAGCAGCGGUCCCAGGAAUCCCGCCCCCAGCAACGGAUACUUCGACAUUACUUCGUUGAUCAAUGGUCCCAUCUCCUGUACUAACCCUAGUAACCCUGGCUCCACUAAUCCCAGUCCUAUCACUAUAUCUAUUGACACCAGCGGUGCAACUACCGGAUGUCUUUGCGAAUCUUGCAACUGCAACAAUCCUUUCGGAAAUUUCAACCUCUUCCCUGGUAUCCUUCCUGGACUAGGUAGUGUUCCGAACUCAGGGCAAAACUACGCUCCAGCCCCUAGCUAUAUCCCCGACAGCUACAACGCUGGUAAUGGGUGCAUCUAUGUACCUUACCCCGUCCCUGUGCCAUACAAUGUACCUGGAUACGGCUUCGACAACAUCGGUUAUCCCGAUUAUGAAUGUCCUCAAGAAAUCAAGUUAAUUAUUAACACAGAAUGUGAUUAGAUUCAGUUAGUGCGUUCUGAGUUUUUUUUGUUUCUUUUUUUUCAAUAUUAAACAGUGUAUUAAAUAAAAUGUGUUUCA